UCCAGAGGCUGGGGGGGAAACAUCUGGUUUCACAGCUCGUGGGAGAAACAUCUGUAUCCAGUCGUUCGUCACGUGUCACUAGAACUUCUCUCUGAGACAAUCAGACUCGUUCCGGUCAGUGUUAGCUCGUUAGCUGCUAACGCUGCUAGCCGGCAGCUGUCAUAACAAACAGCUAACCAACCCCCGGCUAACUGGGAGAUAAGUUAAGUUAAGCUACGUUAAACUGGGAUCGUUCAGUGAACCAGAGCUUCCACUUUAAAGAAGAGUUACUGAUGCAGACUAUAAAGUGUGUGGUGGUGGGUGACGGAGCAGUGGGGAAGACCUGCCUGCUCAUCUCCUACACCACCAACAAGUUCCCCUCUGAGUACGUCCCCACGGUGUUUGAUAACUAUGCAGUGACGGUGAUGAUCGGGGGGGAGCCCUACACUCUGGGACUGUUUGACACUGCAGGUCAGGAGGAUUAUGACAGGCUGCGGCCCCUCAGCUACCCUCAGACCGACGUCUUCCUCGUGUGUUUCUCCUGCGUGUCACCUUCCUCCUUCGAGAACGUCCGAGAGAAGUGGGUCCCUGAGAUUUCCCACCACUGCCCGCGGACGCCGUUCCUGCUGGUCGGGACGCAGGUGGACCUGAGGGACGACAGCAACACGCUGGAGAAACUGGCCAAGAACAAGCAGCGAGCUCUGAGCUGCGAGAGCGGAGAGAAGCUGGCUCGGGAGCUGAAGGCCGUGAAAUACGUGGAGUGUUCGGCGCUCACACAG